ACCCCCGAAGCAUGGCAUGCUGGGAUACCUCUCUCCAUCAUGGCGGAGCAGAGUGUGAGCUAACGUUAACGGCUAGCAUAUUUACCAACUGCUUGAUUUCGCGCUAUUUAGUCCAGCAUUCAUCUGGUCCCGCUACUCACCUUUGUAGCAACCGGAGCCUUUUAUCAUAAACUGCACUGAGAGACUUCUGUUUGAAGAUCAUUAAGAAGGCACUCUAAUACAUCUCUGUGCUGCCGUAAUGGAAUGUGCAAUGGACAUUCCAUCAGGUGAGGAUGACACGCCUGAAAAAGAUGACUUGAAUGCCAAGGAAGGUACUGAAGCACCCCACAAGAAAAACAAGAAGCAUAGAAAACACAAAAGCAAAAAGAAGAAGAGGAGGAGAAAAGGCGAGAAGGAGAGCAGUUCAGAAUCUGGUGCCGAGUCCGACGCAGAGCCUCCUCCACCACCGAGAAGGACCACUAGAGCCAGUGCCAGAUUGGCAGCAGCAGCUGGAACUGAAAACCUUGGAAUUAAAGAGGAGAGGAGAAAAGAUGCAGUUAUAGAUGUAGAUGGAGGCUCAAAACCCAAAAAACAUAAAAGGCAAGCUGCGAAGAAGAAAAAAAAGAAGAAAAAGAAAGAUGAAAAACACGAAAAAAAAUCAUCACGCUCGCCGUCUGACAGCAGCUCAGCUUCAGGUUCUGACUCUGAGGGGGAAGGAGUUAAGACAGCUGGCAAUGGAAAAUGUUCUCCAGCUGCUGCACUGGACCUCAAGGAGCCAACAUCCCAACUGAAUCCAAAAGGCAACCAAGAAGAGGAGCAAGUAGCUCCCAUCUUAAUGGAAAAAUCUGAAUUGCCUGAAAUAAAAGCCGAAGAGAUAAAAGACACUGAUGUCCCCUGCACAGAUGAGACGGGUAUUUGCACCAAUGAACUAGAAAAAGAAACUGAUAAGAGAUCGCCUUCUGUUGGCCAAGAUGAGAUAACACAGACCGAUACUGUUGAGGUAAAGAUUGAAAGCAAUUAUGGAGACGCCAAAUUCAUGAAUGCUCAGGAAUUACCAGACAUAAUCCCCAAACAGGAAGGCAGUACUCCAAAGGAUGACCUAAUCCUGAAAGAUCAGGCUUGUUUACUACAAGGGGAAAAGGUAAAAGAGUCUGAGUCCCCCAGGUCUUUAUCUCCCUCUAAGGGCUUAGAAAUGAUGAGAUCCCAAUCAGGCCCUAGUCGGUCACCAUCUCCCUGUCUCAGCAAGCAAGAAACGGAGGUUCAGUCAGGAGAAUUUGUAAAAGAAAGAUCUAGAACCCAUUCUCCAUCAAGCUCUAAGGAAAGGCGGUCUUCGACUCCUCAGAAAAGUCAAAGACUCUCGCGUUCUAAGUCUCGUUCUCCUCCAAAAUCAAAGAAAAAAUCCCUUUCUCCAUUCCAAAAGUCACAGAAGAGAUCUAGCCGUCGAUCCAGAUCCACCUCUCUGUCUGUCACUCCAUUAAAGAAGAGGUCAAAAUCUCGGAGCAAGUCAAAGUCUCCUAAAAGACGGAGAUCUUUGUCCCAUUCACCAAAGCGACGCAGAAGUUCUCCCUCUCCAAAAAGAAAGGUAUCACGAUCCCCUAAGCGCAGAGGGCGGAGGUCCCCGUCAUUGUCUAGGUCUCCAAGGAGACAACGAAGGUCGAAAUCACGUUCCCGUGGGGGUAAAAGACGCUCCAGAACUCGAUCACCAAGGCGAGGUGGUGCAGGGAGUCGGCGUUCAUUGUCACGUUCCAUCACAAAACCUCGUCGUUCUCAUUCUAGGUCUAGGCGUCCUAUUGGACGUUCUAGAUCAAGAUCUCCAGCAAGGCGUACAGGAGGCAGACGUUCUAGAAGUCGAUCCUUGUCUCGCCGCAGGAGGUCGCCACCACCCAGGUCCCGCCGCUCGCGAUCUCGGUCAGCUCGCAGGAGUAGGCGAACUCGUUCUCGAUCCUUUGUAAUGUCCAAGCGUAGCCGGCACUCCAGAUCGAGGAGUCCUCGCAAACGGACCAAAUCAAGAAGUCCGCCCUCCCGAAGGCGGUCUAAAUCCCGUUCAGCAGUCAAAAGACGUUCUCGGUCUACUGGAAGGAGAAACCGUUCACCACCAAGGUCUAGCAAGCGUUCAAAAUCACGCUCUUUGUCCCGAAGACACAGAUCACCACACCAGAGCAAAAGGAGAUCUAGAUCUCCAAGAAAGGGUAGGAGGAGGUCAAAAUCAUUUUCUGCGAUUUUGAACAAAUCUAAAUCCAGGUCAAGAUCUGAAUCCAGUGAUGGGAGGUCUGAAAGUUCAUCCUCAGCCAGAUCCAUAUCUUACACACCAGUUAAAGUGAAGAAGACCUCCCCUCCAGCUAAAGAUAAAAAGGCUCCUCUUCCAGAUAAAGAGAAGGUUCUCCCUCCUGCUAACGAGGAGAAGGUUCUCCCUCCUGCUAACGAGGAAAAGGUUCUCCUUCCUGCUGUUCAAGAGGAGAAGGUUCUCCCUCCUGCUGUUCAAGAGGAGAAGGCUGUCCCUCCUGCUGUUCAAGAGGAGAAGCCUGUCCCUCCUGCUGUUCAAGAGGAGAAGCCUGUCCCUCCUGCUGUUCAAGAGGAGAAGGCUGUCCCUCCUGCUGUUCAAGAGGAGAAGCCUGUCCCCCCAUUUGUUCUAGAGGAGAAGGCUGUCCCUACUUUUGUUCUACAGAAGGCUGUGCCUCCUUUUGUUCAAGAGGAGAAGGGUGUGCCUCCUUUUGUUCAAGAGGAGAAGGGUGUGCCUCCUUUUGUUCAAGAGAAGCCUGUGCCUCCUUUUGUUCAAGAGAAUCCUGUGCCUCCUUUUGUUCAAGAGGAGAAGCCUGUGCCUCCUUUUGUUCAAGAGGAGAAGCCUGUGCCUCCUUUUGUUCAAGAGGAGAAGCCUGAGCCUCCUUUUGUUCAAGAGGAGAAGCCUGUGCCUCCUUUUGUUCAAGAGGAGAAGCCUGUGCUUCCUUUUGUUAAAGAGGAGAAGCCUGUGCCUCCUUUUGUUCAAGAGGAGAAGGCCCUCCCUCCUGCGGUUCAAGAGGAGAAGGCUUUGCCUCCUUUUGUUCAAGAGGAGAAGGCCCUCCCUCCUGUGGUUCAAGAGGAGAAGUCCCUCCCUCCUGCAAUUCAAGAGGAGAGGUUUCCCCCUAUUGCGGUUCUAGAGGAGAAGGCCAAAGUUCUCCCUCCUACGGUUCAAGUGGAAAAGGUUCUCCCUCCUGCUAUUCAAGAGGAGACGGCUCUCACUCCUGCUAUUCAAGAGGAGACGGCUCUCACUCCUGCUAUUCAAGAGAAGCUUCCUCCUCCUGCUGCUAGAGAGAAGACUCAAGAAGAAAAAGCUGUUGAAGAAAAUGGAGCACUUUGUGUUGAAACAGGUGACCAGAAACCGUUGCUCCAUGCAGCUGACGGCUGUUCUCAAACCAGAGGUUCCUUGGAUUUGUUGCAGGAUCAGCCCAUUAAGUCUAAAAAAUUGCAUGCUCCCAGUUCAAGGUCUGCAUCAAGAGAACCAGGCAGUGGCUCAGACGCUUCUGGGUCCUCAGAAGGGUCAGAGGAUGAGGAAUCUCCAAUCAAAGCUGUGUCAAAAAGCAAGAGAAGCUCCUCACGUUCAGCAUCUCCAGAAAUACCAAAGAAGCAACUUUCCAAGUCUCGUUCACCCACUGAUCGCAGGAAACUUUCUGGUUCUACAUCAAAGGCAGCAUCCAGGAAAAAGUUGUCCAGGUCAAAGUCUCCAGUUAGGAAAAGAAGCUCUGUCUCUCCAUCACAAAGAAAGAAGCGACGGUCCAAAUCUCGCAGUCCUCCCCGACGACGACGAUCACGUUCAAGGUCUACCACCCGCCGCAAGCGUUCUAGCUCCAAGUCACGAGCCAGAAACCGCCGGUCAAAAUCCCGUUCUCCAACUCGCAAGAAACGUUCCCGUUCACCAAACGCUAGGGGAAGAAGGAGGUCGAAGUCCCCAGAUAGAGGUAGGCGGUCCAAGAGCCGCUCCACAGGCCGGAGGAAAAGAUCCAGGUCAGGAGACAGAAACAGGCGAUCCCGGUCUCGCUCCUCAGAUCGUAGACGUAGGUCAAGGUCACGAGGUCGAGGAAGAAGGCCAGCAUUUCGCAGUCGUUCGUUUGAUAGACGAGACCGGUGGAAGAGGGAACCGAGCCACUCUCCGGUUGUCAUUCUCCGCAAACAACGUCGCUCAGGGUCCCGAUCACGGCGGAGUGCUAGCAAGACACCUCCAAGGCUCACUGAUCUGGAUAAAGACCAGUUACUUGAAAUAGCCAAGGCAAAUGCUGCCGCCAUGUGUGCCAAGGCAGGAGUUCCCAUUCCUGAGAGUCUUCGGCCAAAAGCCAUUCUCCAGCUUCCUCUCCCGACACCAUCUCCUACGCCGAUUUCAUUACCUUUACCUCUUCCAAUGGGCAUGGGAAUGCCAAAUAUGUCCAGCAUGGGUCCAAUGGGCUUACCAAGCAUUCCUGGAAUGCCCACAAUGUCAAACAUCACAAUGAGUGCCGCUGUGGCAAGUAUGACAGCGGCCACAAUGACUGCUGCCUUGACCAACAUGGGGGCCCUUGCCGCUAUGCCACCCCUUGCCCCUCUUCCCACUAUAACUAACAAACCACCCCCUAGCCUUGUCCCUCAAUCACAGUCUCUAAAUAUGGACCACAUCGAGGAAGCAAAGAGGAAGGUCACUCACCAGGCCAACAUACAUACCAUUAAGGAACUCACAGAGAAGUGCAAGAUGAUUGCAAAUAGCAAAGAGGAGAUGGCUAUUGCUAAGCCCCAUGUGUCAGAUGAUGAAAGUUAAAACCAUCAAGGCCAAAAGCCACCUCCUUUGAAUGACUGAGGUAAAAUGUAGGAUUCUCUUAAGGACCUUCUUUCCCCAGUUCUCUCUGUCAACCAGAUGAUCUGACAGAGUGGAAAAGCACCCUGGUUGUUGCAGCUAUAAAAUAUAGGAGCGUCGGCAAGGCCAACUGCCUGGCACUGCUCCUUGUUUUGUUGUUUUCUUUGUAUGAGAGCCAGAGACUUGCAGAUUUUCACCUGUUAUACCACUGAGAAAACAGGAGGCACUGAGGUGCGCAGUUGUAUGACUGUACAGUGAGUUUUAAUGUUUGUAUUGAAGUCUUUCACCACCAUCUCAACAAUGCAGCUUCUCACCUACGCAAGACCGUUAGAAAACCCGAAGAAGAAACUACCCAAACUAACCCGUGGGGCAAUGCUUUUGUAUAUGCUCCAAAUUUCUCAAACACCGCUUUACCUUUAAUGUUUUUUUUAGGAUUGUGUUAAACAGUCUAUUCUUUAUUUUUCUGUACUCUUUUCAGUUAUCUGUAGCCCCUGGUUUUAUGAUCAUAUAAAGCAGAAUAAGUUAAAGUUAGUAGAUCCUCAUUUGUAAUGUCUUUAUAAAAAUUAGGUACACACUUUAGAGAAAGUCAGGAUGCAAAGAUCACUUUUAGAAAAUUUCAGAAUAUUAAUGGCUGAAGGAAAAAAAGAAAAGCUUAACUGCUACCCUGGUUGUGUGUAAAUUACGUCUACUGUUACAGCACCAAUCUCAUGUUUGAUUUGCUAUUUGAUGAGGGCUUUGUUGGGAUAUCUGUUUCUGAAUGUGAUUUGCUGCACAUACUCAUAGGGUGUGUUUGAAAAUGACCUAGAGUUAUAUCGGAUCCCUGUGAUUGCAUCAUUUCAGGCACUGGGAGGGACAGUAGAUAUGAAUAUCGCAGAUACUGAUAAAUGGAUGUGACGCAAAACCCCCAAGAUCAAGUUGUUUUUUUUUUCUCUGCUUUUUUGUUUCUGAACCUAAAGAAAAUACCAUUAAGAUGUGCUCAACAGGCAAUUACCUUUUGUCCUAUUAAUACAGGUUUAUAGUUUUAGAUCCAUUCAGUUGUGGGUUUGACUUUUAGUCAUUUUCUUUCUUAAUCUGUUUUUUUCUAAAACAGGAAGCCGAGGGUAUCCUGAAGUGCGCCACUGUGAAAUGGUUUUGACAAUCAGGAUACUAAGAUGCUUGCAUUAAUGGUGUAACAAUAGGUGCAGGACAUGCAUACACCUUCCUGCUUUGUAUUCAGAUAUCUGGUAGAUUUAAAUGGAAGACCCCAACAAGCCCGAACAAUUUAACCCCUAAAUCUGGUAAUGCUGUAAACUCAUCCUCUUGCUUUCACGCGCUUAUUUGCCCCAUUGAAUAAUUGAAGAACAAAGACCAAUUGGUGCUCAUAAACUGUAAGGGACAAGUGUGUGCUUAUUAUAAUAAGAUAUCGUCAUAAUUUUCUUCAUUGGAGGGGCGUGUUAUUGUGAUUCCAUUCACUUUUUUCACAUUCAUGCCCCUUUUUGGUAAACCGUAGAAAAUGAUCUUUGAUUUUUGUCAACAUUAAUUAUACUUGCUCUGUACAAUGUCUUGUUAUAACUGUUAUAACAUUUUAGGAUUAUUUUGUUUCUUUUAUUUGAACAUGAUAUUGUUGCUUGCUUUGUAUAUAAAUGUGUUGAUGAUUAUUAAAAACCUCAAACCUUU